UUGCCGUGGGAAACGACCCCAGACCUGGGAGGUAGAGAGCGACGACGUUUCCCGCCGGCGGGAGUUGCGACUGUGGCGGUGAGAGGGUCUCGCAGGCGGCGGUGCCCAGAGCUGCAGCACUAUGGCGGACCAGCUUUAUCUGGAGAAUAUAGACGAAUUCGUCAUGGAUCAAAACAAGAUCGUGACAUACAAAUGGCUGAGCUAUACACUAGGAGUUCAUGUUAACCAGGCCAAACAGAUGUUGUAUGAUUAUGUUGAAAGGAAGCGAAAGGAAAAUUCAGGAGCCCAACUACAUGUCACCUAUUUGGUGUCCGGCAGUUUCAUUCAGAAUGGAUAUUCCUGCCACAAGGUUGCAGUAGUGAGAGAAGAUAAGUUGGAAGCUGUGAAGUCCAAGCUAGCUGUGACUGCCAGCAUCCAUGUGUACAGCAUCCAGAAAGCCAUAUUAAAGGACAGUGGGCCUCUGUUCAAUACUGACUAUGACAUCCUUAAAAGCAACUUGCAAAACUGCACCAAGUUUAGUGCCAUACAAUGUGCAGCUGCUGUCCCUAGAGCACCCGCUGAGUUCUCAUCUUCGGAAAAGCUUGAGCAGUCAAAUCUGCAGGCAUCUAGUGAGACACAAGCCAAUAAUGAGUUGACCACCAAUGGUCAUGGCCCACCUGCCGCCAAACAGGUCUCCCAGCAGCCCAAAGGAAUUAUGGGAAUGUUUGCUGCCAAAGCUGCUUCUAAAACUCAAGACACUAACAAGGAAAGCAAAACAGAGGCUAAAGAGGCGUCUUUGGUAGGCAGCAAGGCACCAGGGAAAGGGAAUGUGAUGAGCAAUUUUUUUGGAAAAGCUGCUAUAAAUAAAGUCAAUUUGGAUUCAGAACAAGCAGUGAAAGAAGAAAAAAUAGUGGAGCAACCUCCAGUGUCUGUCACUGAACCAAAGCUGGCAGCCCCUGCAGGCCUGAAGAAAUCCAACAAAAAAGCAGAGCCUGUUAAGAUGCAGCAGAAGGAGAAAAAAAGGGGAAAGCGAGUGGAUUUAUCUGAUGAUGAGACAAAAGAAACUACAAACGUGAAGAAAAAGAGGAGACGAAUCAAGCUUCCUGAGUCUGAUAGCAGUGAAGAUGAAGUCUUACCAGACUCUCCUGGGACUAAUGAAGCUGAGUCACCAUCCCCACCUCCUCCGGCUUCUCCACCUCUUGAACCAGUUCCAAAGAUUGAGCCAGAGCCUCCUUCCACCAAGGGCUCAAGUGGAGAAAACAAGAGAAAACGAAAGCGUGUACUGAAAUCUAAAACCUAUGUGGAUGAGGAAGGCUGCAUAGUGACUGAGAAAGUCUACGAGAGUGAGUCCUGCACAGAUAGUGAAGAGGAAUUUAAGAUGAAGACAUCCUCUGUGUACAGACCUCCUGCCAUGACUGUGAAAAAAGAACCCAAAGAGGAACGAAAGGGCCCCAAGAAAGGGACUGCUGCUCUGGGCAAAGCCAACAGACAAGUAUCCAUUACUGGCUUCUUCCAGAGGAAAUAAACUGUCAUCUCCGUUAGGUCAGAGACUUGGAAUGGUCAAGGGAGAAGACCAAAAGAUAGAGACUUUCUCACUUACUGUGUAAGUUCAUCCAGCUUCUCACCUCACCUGUAUCAAAAGACUCUUCUUCCAUCCAUGUGAGGUUUACACUGUUUCUGGUUUUUAACCAAAAGGAAAUCACCUGGAAGCAAGAGGCAAAAGAAUAUUUAAAAGCUGUUACCUUCUAAUGACACUUUUAAAGCACAAUCUGACCUGUCCAGGAGAAGAAUUCACUCCAAAAAUAAAUUGGAACAGGUUUCAGAAUUACCACUGAAGCUAUUUAAUGGCUAAUUUACUGUGGCCCACGCACCC